AUGACUGACAUAGCGAGUAUGUCCGACUCUCAACAAGAGCGUCAACAAGCCCAUCUCCGAAUCUUCCGAAGCACGCUCUUCCAAAUCCUCGUCGUCGGGCUUUGCGCAUUUUGUGCUCCUGGUAUCUGGAGCGCCAUGAAUGGCCUCGGAGUUGGCGGCUCUCAGAGUCCCAAUCUUGUCAACGCCGCAAACGCUCUUCUCUAUGCUUUCAUGACAGUCACCUGCUUUGCAGCAGGACUAUACCUGAACAACCGUACGGGUGUCACUUGGCUCGUUUAUUUUGGCUCAGUGGUCUGCGGUAUCAGUGCAGGUUUCUUUUGGAGUGUCGAGGGGGCCAUUGCAACCGGCUACCCUGAGCAGCACAAACGCGGCCGCUACCUAGCAACGUGGUUCACCUUCCGGAACUUUGGGAACAUUAUUGGCGGAGCGAUUUCACUUGCUCUUAACCACGACGUCAACCAUAAAGGCGAAGUCGGGUACCAGAUUUAUCUUGGUUUCAUCGCCAUUCAGUGCCUCGGCUUGGUGUUCGGGCCACUGCUGUCGAAUCCAGAGAAGGUGCAACGCGACGACGGAACACGGAUCGAAGCCCCUGGUGGGAUUGAGUGGCAUGAGGAAGGUCGAAUCAUGUGGCGACUAAUGCGCAGCAGGUCAAUCUUGCUGCUCGUGCCACUAUUCUGGUACUUUGGCUGGAUUCAAGCGUAUCCGGGCACGUAUCUCGCGACGUAUUUCACCGUCCGGUCGCGAGCUCUGGGAAGCUUUCUGUCCGCUGUCGUAGGCACAGUGGCUACUUGGCUGGGGGGGUCAUUGGUUGAUCUACCUUGGUUGAAAAGCCGCAAGAAACGGGCAAUCAUCACAUAUAUAUUGAUUGCUGCGUUGAAGAGCGCCACCUGGAUAUGGGCUGUGGUGAUCCAAAACGAGUAUCGCCAUACCCAGCCGGUCCUGGACUGGGGCGAUCAGCGCUCAUUCGGACGGGGGUUUGGUUUGUAUCUCUUCGAACGCAUCAGCCUUGGCUUCGUCGAGAACUACAUAUAUUGGUGCAUCGGCAAUUUGUCUGAUUCCCCAGGCGAUCAAAUUCGCUACAGCUCGUUACUGAGGGGCAUUGAGACGGCUGGCGUGGCUGUGGGAUUUGGUGUCCAGGCUGUUCCGACCGCGCUGAUUGCGACAGCGAGUAUCAACUGUGGUUUGUGGUUUUUCGCAUUGCCUUUCAGUUACUAUGCCACUCUGCAGAUUUUGCGGAAAUUUGAUAAUCAAGCCAAGAGGGGCGAUCACAGGACUGAUGGAUAG